AUAGUGCUCAUAGGACUCAUAGUGCUCAUAGGACUCAUGGUGCUUAUAGGAAUUAUUGUGCUCAUAGGAAUCAUGGUGCUUAUAGGACUUAUUGUGCUCAUAAGACUCAGUGCUCAUAGGACUCAUUGUGCUUAUAGGACUUAUUGUGCUCAUAAGACUCAGUGCUCAUAGGACUCAUGGUGCUUAUAGGACUUAUUGUGCUCAUAGGAAUCAUGGUGCUUAUAGGACUUAUUGUGCUCAUAAGACUCAGUGCUCAUAGGACUCAUGGUGCUUAUAGGACUUUUUGUGCUCAUAAGACUCAGUGCUCAUAGGACUCAUGGUGCUUAUAGGACUUAUUGUGCUCAUAGGAAUCAUGGUGCUUAUAGGACUUAUUGUGCUCAUAAGACUCAGUGCUCAUAGGACUCGUGGUGCUUAUAGGACUUAUUGUGCUCAUAGGACUCAUAUAUAUGGAAAAGGGUGUCAUUUGGUACACUGCCUUUAUGUGUAUUUGAGUCAGACCUCCUCAACACGGACAGUAAGGCCACUCCCACUGUCCUCCCACUGCUCUGACACACACACACACACACACACACACACACAGUAAACACGUACUGUACACACACAGCCCUCCUCUUCCUGUGUAUCUGGAGGAGUGUUCUGUUUGGGAAUUCUUGUCACGGCCACCUGAACACUGAAUGAGUGACUUCCCCUCGUCACUCCACCCAGGUGUAGCAAGUUAUAAAGGAGCAGAAUGAGCCCACACACAAACUGAUAAGGACAAAGAAUGUCAAACACACAGAGAAUACUGUACACACACACUUGAAGUCUACUUCCACCACCACUCCCAACGUGGACAUCGGGACUUCACGACUCACAGGUUGCAACAGGCUCACAGAACCAGGAAGAUACUUGAUAUUGGACUCUGAUCAUAUCUCACACAUAGAGAGAGAUAUUAGAGACCUCCACCAAUCUCCUUGGACCCUCAACUUUAUGCACUGCCAUGCAGACCUCCCUCCUCUUGAUGGCGCUGUACCUGUCCAUUCCAGGGGGCACCCAGGCCUUCAAACCCCUCAUCUCAGGAGGGGGCUCGAUCACACACCGUGACAUCACACAGAGGGCUGUAUUACGCAAAACCGCCGAGGUCUGCCGCGCCCUGGCUGCGGCCCAGGGGCGGGACUUCAGCCUGCCGAUUGAUGACAGUCUCUCCAUCAUCAAACUACAUAAGGCCUGCUCUGCAGACUCCUCCUCUUCCUCCCUCGUCUCCACCAUCCUCUUCCAGAGCACCAUUGUCAAGAUGUACCUUAGCAACGCCCUGGUGGACAUGGCGUUUGCUCUAAGCAAAGCGCACCACUUCGACGGUGAGACCUUCCAGGGGGGGCAGGCCCUGAUCACGGCGGGGGUGUCGGAGGUCAAGGCCAGUGUCAAACGAGGGAGCUUCCUAUUGGCCAGGCUGGCGCUGGGACGAGUCUGUCACACACUACAGGAUUUCUACAGCCACAGUAACUGGGUUGAGAUGGGGAACAGACAGCCGUACAGCACUCUGAUCAGACCUGACCUGCAACUGGUGAACCUGGCAGGCCCCAGUACUCCGACCUGUAGGAGCUGUAUGGGAGGUAACUGUACUGAUAACAUCCUACCAGAGGUCUUACUGCAGGGCCUUCUCACCUCUGGAUACUUCAACCUGUUCUCCUCCAACAAACCUGCAGGUAAGUGUAGCCACGGCGGGUCGUUUGACCGGACCAGCGGUCGGGACCCGGAAGGGGGCAUCAACAAGGACGACGUGGGGUCCAGUCACGGUCACCUCCACCACACUGCAGCCGACGUGGCCAUCAACGCUACCAUGGAACUAUUGGAGGACAUCAGAGGAGCUGCCGGGGACAAAGACUUCCUACGGUUAAUGGGCAUCACCCAGUCAUCAGUGUUGUGUUUUGUCAUCGACACCACAGGCAGUAUGAGUGAUGACAUCACUGAGGCUAAGAGAGUGUCCUUCUCCAUCAUCGACAGUAAGAGAGGAACCCAGCAGGAACCUUCAUCAUACAUCCUGGUCCCCUUCAACGACCCAGGAUUUGGACCUCUGAUCACCACAACAAAUGCAGACAUUUUCAAACAGAGAAUCAACGCACUGACAGCAUCAGGAGGAGGAGAUAUACCAGAGCUGUGCCUGUCAGGACUACAGCUGGCCCUCACGGCGGCGCCACCCUUCUCUGAGAUCUUUGUGUUCACUGAUGCUCCUGCUAAAGACACUGCACUGAAGAGCACUGUCACUGCCCUCAUAGAGAGCACCAAGUCUGUGGUGACCUUCAUGUUGACUGACAACCUCCGAUCCAUUCGACGUCGUCGUAGGCGUUCCAUGGGCGGGGCUUCAGCCGUAUGGCCCAGUCAGGGUGGAGCCUCCAACCGGAUGGCCCAAUCAGACGCUCAGCUGUACCGUGACCUUGCCCAGGCAUCUGGAGGUCAGGCCAUUGAGGUCACCAAGGAGGAUCUGCACCGGGCCACCAGCGUCAUCGAGGACGCCUCCGCUGCAGCACAGGUGACUGUUCUACAGGAGGUAAGGAGCCCAGGAAAGGCAGAGAAUUUCUCCUUUACAGUAGACGAGUCUAUGAGAAAUCUGAACGCUUAUAUCACAGGAGGAUCCCUCUCCUUCACUCUCACCAGCCCUUCAGGUGUGUCUCAGAGUAACAGUGAGGCCAGCGGUCCUCUGGGGACCAUCCAGACUGUAGGGAACCUACACCGCAUCUCUCUGACCACACACAACAACACAGGAUUAUGGGAAAUCAGUCUUAACUCCCUAGAGUCUUACUCACUGAAGGUCAUAGGUCAGAGCUCUGUUAAUUUUGGCUACCAUUUCGUGGAGGCUUUCGGGGGUGCUCAUGGAGACUUUGGCCUCAAAGAGGGCCGUCCUCUCACAGGCGAUAACAUAACCCUGCUGGUGUCUGUGACGGGGGGUGACUCUGUCACUGUGACGGCGGUGGCCCUGAUCGAGGCCUCGGGGUCAGGGUCAGAAGUCAACGGAACCCUGCAAUCGCUAGGCGGCACCGGCGGCGGGGACUUCCUGGUUACCGUGGCCAGAGUCCCACAGGGGGAGUUUGUGGUGCGUCUGAGGGGAGAGAGCAAUAGCGCCACCACCAAAUCAUCACCGAGCCUCUUCCAAAGACAGGCCUCCACUCAGAUAAAGACUUCCAGCAUCUCUGUUACGGCCCAGGCUGACAGUACUCUAGAACCCGGUUCUACCAUCUAUGUCCCCUUCACCGUGGCAAUGGCCAACGGAACAGGAGGAGCUUUUACCGUCCGAGCCACGAACGACCGCGGCUUCACUUCCUCCUUCCCCGCCAGUGUCUCCAUUGUGACCGGAGAGGGAGCGGCCAACGGUACGGUGACUCUCACGGCGCCCGCCAGCACCCCAUCGGGAACGGACGUCACCCUGACCAUCGAGGCAGAGUCCGCUGGAGCAGCAGACUUGAACUACGCCAUCCUGCGUCUCUCUGUUGUCAGCAAGGUGACAGAUUUCAGCCCUCCCCAGUGUGGGGUGGUCAGCGUCUCGUCCAACUGCCCGGAUGACUGCAGUGCCUCUUACUGGCAGCUCUCUGCCAACCUGACCGACGGUGCCAACGGGACUGGCAUCGACCGAGUCACCCUGCGCCAGGGCAACGGGACCCUGAACACUUCUACAGAGGUGGGCACCGGGGGCGAGAACGUGACCCGGGUUGAGUACAGCGCCACCUGCUGUUCAAAGAAGGUAGAGCUAGUGGUAGUUGACAGGGCAGGCAACGUGGGUGUGUGUCUGGGCUCAGUAAAGGACUCUGUGGGGGUGGUUGUGAGCUCUACAGCACAGGCCUCUGUCACCAACACUACAGCUGUACCUGUAGUUAGUACUACAUCUACUGGCGGGCCACCUUUGACUCUGUCCCUGUAUCUAAGGAUCUGUGUGAUGCUUUAUCUUCUCCUGUGGAAUAGAGUAGAGCUAUAGAGUUGUAUAAUAGUUCAUGUAGGUAGAUGUCAUGUGGAACAGUGGAAUCAUUGCAAAGAGAGUCAAGUCAUCAGACAUAACCGGUAUGUAUAUGUUAUGUUGUACAAAAAGACAGGGUGGAAAUAUGUAAUGAACUCUGUCGUAAUACACUGUGGGAACUCUGUCAUAAUAUACUGUGGGAACUCUGUCAUAAUACACUGUGGGAACUCUGUCAUAAUACACUGUGGGAACUCUGUCAUAAUACACUGUGGGAACUCUGUCAUAAUACACUGUGGGAACUGUCAUAAUACACUGUGGGAACUGUCAUAAUACACUUUGGGAACUGUCAUAAUACACUUUGGGAACUGUCAUAAUACACUGUGGGAACUCUGUCAUAAUACACUGUGGGAACUGUCAUAAUACACUUUGGGAACUGUCAUAAUACACUUUGGGAACUGUCAUAAUACACUUUGGGAACUGUCAUAAUACACUGUGGGAACUGUCAUAAUACACUGUGGGAACUCUGUCAUAAUACACUGUGGGAACUGUCAUAAUACACUUUGGGAACUGUCAUAAUACACUUUGGGAACUGUCAUAAUACACUUUGGGAACUCUGUCAUAAUACACUGUGGGAACUGUCAUAAUACACUUUGGGAAUGUCAUAAUACACUUUGGGAACUGUCAUAAUACACUUUGGGAACUGUCAUAAUACACUGUGGGAACUGUCAUAAUACACUGUGGGAACUCUGUCAUAAUACACUGUGGGAACUGUCAUAAUACACUUUGGGAACUGUCAUAAUACACUGUGGGAACUGUCAUAAUACACUUUGGGAACUGUCAUAAUACACUGUGGGAACUCUGUCAUAAUACACUGUGGGAACUGUCAUAAUACACUUUGGGAACUGUCAUAAUACACUUUGGGAACUGUCAUAAUACACUGCGGAAAUGUUUUGUUA